AGCAGCAGCUCCUGUAAAGAAGAGGAAGAAACUUUUCUUAGCAUUUCCAUAAGGAAGACAGCAUCAAAACAAGCCAUGGAAAUUAGAAUUUUGAGCUAAUUUUCUCCCUAGGAACAGGGGCAUAUCUAGGAAAAAAAAGAAGUAAAACCAGAAAUAAAACAAAAUUGUUCGUGGUGAUUUUUCUUCAUCUGGACAUCUUCACUGUGGAAUUACAGGGAUUUAUAAAGUCAAGCUCAGAAUAUCCCUCUGCCAAGGGAACAUCAAGGAUUCUGGUGCUUUAUCACCCAGCUCUAGAGGCAUGAGUUGGUUCCCCAAAAGCCUUGGGAAUUCCCAAGGGAGCAUUGGGCAACUGAAAAAUCGACUGGAAGAUCUGAAAAAGCCCUGGAAGAAAGAAGCCAGCCCUUCAAUGCUACAGCAUAGCGAGACUGCCAGGCUAGCUGUGGAUGCCUUCCUGGAACAAGGAGAAACUGGCUAUCUGCAAGUCAUCACUAAAGAAAAAGAACUACCCUUCCUCUCCACAAUGGACAUGGCUUACAUGAGCCAGCACAUCCAAAGCAUCCCAGAAUCUCCAAAGAAGGGGCUGGAGGCAGGAUUCUCAAGAGCUGACAGCAUGGACAGGGAAUCUCUCCUCUCUGAGGUGACAUCUGGGACAUACUUCCCAUUCAUGUCAGAUAUUGAUCCCCCUCAACUGGAGCUCGGUUGGCCUAUGAUGCCUUCUGUCACAGUGCUCAACCGAACAGAAGUCAGCUUGUAUUUCCAAAGGGACAAGGCAAACAAUGUGAAAGAAUUACUUCGAUCUCUAAUAAGCAAGGCCAAGACAGUGAUUGCAAUUGUGAUGGAUCAAUUCACAGAUAUGGAAAUACUCAGUGAUCUGAUAGAAGCUUCAAACAAACGUCGGGUUCCUGUUUAUCUGAUCCUUGAUGAAAAAAACCUAAAGGAGUUUACAGAAAUGUGCAACAAAAUGGAGGUCACCAUGGAUGACUUUCUGAAUAUGCGCAUACGAUCUGUAAGUGGAGACAUAUACUAUAGUAAAGCUGGCAAGAAGCUUACAGGACAAGCCCUUGAGAAAUUUGUAUUGAUAGAUUGCGAACAAGUCCUUGCAGGGACUUACAGUUUCACAUGGCUGUGCAGCCAGGUACAUACCUGUUUAGUGAUGCACUUCAAAGGAAAAAUUGUUGAUGAUUUUGACAGAGAGUUCCGAUGCAUAUAUGCUGAAUCUUGUUCGGUGAAUCAUCUUGGAAUGCCCAAUGCUGAAAAUUCCACAUCUGCUCCUUACAAGACCAUGCAGAAAUUUGAGCCCAUUUUAAAACAUAUUCAAUGGAAUGAGUAUGAAGGUGUCAGUCCGUCAAGUACCCUUUCAAAUUCCAGUGUUGUGACUAUCAAAAAAUCACCAUAUCAUAACCAAUCAAUUUCCAAUGUAUUCUGUGAAAAGAAAGAAUUAACUCCAUGUGAAACAAAAAAGACCAUUUCAGGCUUAAUAGGACAUAAUGACUUGAGAUACCAUCCCAGGGAGUUGCCAGACUCUAACUGCAACAUAUUAGAUAAAUUAAAGCCUCCACUCAAUGAUGCUUCUAAUUUAUUGAAGCUUAAAACAUCUUUGCUAUCAGCAUCUUCACCGAUAUUAGCUGACAAUACAGGAAAUGGAUAUGUUUCUGAGAAUAUGGGAACAAAAGAUAACAAGAAGUUCCUUUAUACUCAACCAGUUGAAAAUGCAAGCAAACUACAUAAGGAUGACAAACCACUAAAUCAUGGAUACAAUCAAUUAGAAUUCAUUAACAAUCCUACUAAAUCUGUACAUUAUGAGAUGAAGGGCGCAGUUCCUAGAUUCCUUGAUGCCUCUGAGGAUAUGCCAAUGGAGAACAACAGCAACAUAAAUAGAGUUGAUAAAAGGAGAACUCUUGGUCACAGCAAAUUGGAUAUGAUUACCAACUAUAACAAAGCAAAACCAAAAAUAGUUCACAGUCGAUUUGAAAUGUAA